AUGACUCUUGCACACAAUGCAGAGGAAACCUGCCUAAAAAACCAGAGUGCCGUCGGCCCUGCGCCGACCGAGCCUGUCCAAACCACCGUGACCGAAAAAAGUCACCCCGACCAUGACCCCGAAAAGGCCGGCCCCCUCCGGUACGGGGCCAUAAGAGGCUCGGCCACCGCCGACACGGCAUCCAACGCAACCGACCUUGAAUUCCCAGAGGGCGGACUUCAAGCGUGGCUCGUCGUGUUUGGCGCCUUUUGUGCCAUGCUCUCCGUUUUUGGUCUUAUCAACACUGCCGCCGUCUUUGAGUCGUACUUUUCUCAGAACCAGCUGCGCGACUACUCGUCGUCCGAGAUUGGUUGGAUCUUUAGUCUGUACCUGUUUAUUGUCUUUUUUGUCGGCAUCCAGGUCGGUCCUGUCUUUGACAAGUAUGGACCGAAGCUCAUGGUCGCUGCGGGCGGCGUGCUCAUUGGGAGCAGCCUCUUGAUCCUGAGCGUCUGUGAAGAGUUCUAUCAGAUCAUUCUUUCGUACUCGGUGAUGGGAGGUUUGGGAGGCGCACUCCUCAAUUCGCCUGCCUACGCAUCAAUUGCGCACUUCUUCGACGCCAAACGCGGUUUCGCAACUGGCAUCGCCAUCACCGCAGGUUCAAUCGGAGGCGUCGUCUUCCCGAUUCUCCUACAGAAGCUCCUCCCGAGCGUGGGCUUCGCCUGGACGACCCGCAUUCUCGGGUUCAUCCUGCUGGGCCUCGCCGUUCCAGCGACCACCUUCUUGCGGUCACGUCUACCGCCGCAGGAUAAGAUCACUUCUGUGUGGCCUGACCUUACCAUGUUCAAGGACCUCAAGUUUACCUUGUCGGCAUUUGGAAUCUUUUUUAUGGAAUGGGGACUCUUUGUGCCGUUGACGUACAUUGUGUCUUAUGCUGGAAGGGAUUCGGACCACACGACCGACUCUUACACUCUUCUCUCGAUCCUCAAUGCAGGUUCUCUGGUUGGUCGAUUCCUACCAGGUUUCCUUGCAGAUAAGCUUGGCCGGUUCAACGUGAUUGUCAUCACGAUUGUUCUGUGCAGCAUCUCUGUAUUUGGAUUGUGGUUACCCGCUGGAGACUCCAAACCAAUGUUGAUCACCUUCGCGGUCGUGUUUGGCUUUGCGAGCGGCAGUAACCUGGGUCUGGCUCCAGUGUGUCUCGGACAACUCUGCGAUCCGAGAGACUACGGUCGCUUCGUCUCGACAGCAUUCAUGGUGGCCAGCUUUGGAACUCUCAGCAGUCUCCCUAUUGCUGGAGCAAUCCUCGAGGCCGGUAAUCGCGGUGACGCAGGCUGGAAAGCUCUCAUCGCGUUUGCGGGUCUGUCAUAUGCACUAGCCGUCGCCUGUUACCUCGCCGCGAGGGUUCUGGCAGUUGGCUGGAGCAUCAAAAGGAUCUUUUAA